AUGGCGGAGGCACUGACGAGGUGGCAGGAGGGAUUAAACCGUAUUCAAUCGGCACCAUUUCACUUAUUCACAGUCGACAACAACUCGGAUGUAGGAGUGCCAAGUGCUGUUGGUGCUGAACUCUACGCACCUUCGUACUGGGGAUUCAUCAACUCCAUCUUUCUACCAACAGUCGUUUUCUACACAAUGCUCUGGUUCGCUGUUUAUGCAUGUGUUCAAUACAACUGCUGGUUGAGCUGGCAAGAAGGAAUUAAAAGAAAACGUCUUCUGAAUCUGACGACUUCCCUCAUUCAUUCGACGAUCUCGGGUCUCUAUCUGUUUGCCUUCUUCUGCUAUAAUACAAAGUUGAUGUUCGCUGCUCCACUUCAUUAUUACUCUUAUCUCGACUCACAAAUAAUCACUCUUUCAAUCGGAUACUUUUUCUACGAUGGAAUCGAUCUUGUUUUGAAUGAUAAACUUUCCAUUUCAACUGGUGUACUUCUUUUCCAUCAUGUUGCCUCCAUUUAUGUACUUUCUACUGCUGUACUUUCCAAGAAAUUUCUCUUAUACGCCUACUGGGCAAUGCUCAUGGAGGUCUCUUCAAUCUUCCUACACACCAGAUCAAUCCUUCACAUUUCCAAAUUGUCCACCACUUCGAUGAUUGGAUUCUCGAAAGUUAUAUCGUAUUUGAAUCUGUUCAGUUUCAUCAUUUUCCGUGGAUUCGUUCAAUUCUUCCUCUUCGGAUGGGCCUGGGUGAACUAUGAUCACAUUCACUUCGUCUACAAGUGCAUCGCUUUCGGUGGAGGCUUCUGUUUCGCCGUCAUCAACGUCAGUUUACUUCUCCGUAUUUUGCACUCUGAUGGAUUCUUGCUCUCAUCUGUUGUUUCCCAAGAUCGUUUGGACGCCCUCCUGGAGGACAACGAGUACAGCAACUCGUCGGAAAGUGUGGCCAAGUCGGAAAAGAAGGAGCUUCUUGAUGUUUAG